AUGCCGUACGUGUUCUCGCAGUGCCAAGCAAUCCACUGCCGCUCCAUGGUGCCCCUGCAAGACACGCCGUCUGUGAAAAUGAGCUACACAGCCGAGAUUACUGUGCCCGUCGGUAUGACAGCUCUCAUGUCCGCGCUUCGCGAAGGUAACGAAACCACCGGCAACUGGACGACGUUCCGGUUCCGACAGCCUGUGCCGAUUCCGUCCUACCUGAUCGCGCUGGCGGUCGGCGAUCUGGCCUCACGGUCACUGGGCGAGCGAUCCAACGUCUGGGCUGAGCCGGAGCUUGUCGAUCGGGCCGCUCACGAGUUCGCCGAGACGGAGCAGAUGCUGCAGCUGACCGAGACCAUGCUCGGUCCGUACCUCUGGGGUGUGUAUGACUUGCUGGUGCUGCCGCCCAGCUUCCCCUAUGGAGGCAUGGAGAACCCGUGUCUUACGUUCGUCACUCCGGCGCUUCUCGUCGGAGAUAGAUCCAUGACUGACGUUGUCGCACACGAAAUCAUCCAUAGCUGGAUCGGUAACCUGGUCACCAACCGAAACUGGGAGCACUCCUGGCUCAACGAGGGCUUCACCAUGUUCCUCGAGAGAAAGAUCCUCGGGAAGUUACAAGGAGCUCCUGUGAUGCAUCUCACGGCAUCCAGUGGCUGGAAGGAGCUCAAUGACACCGUGCAAACGAUCGGCAUCACUAGCCCCCUUACCUGGCUCGUGCCGAGGUUGAAAGGCGUUGACCCCGAGGAUGCCUUCUCACUCAUCGCUUACGAGAAAGGCCACGCUCUGUUGUGGUAUCUCGAACAAUUCAUGGACGGAAGUGACCAGAUGGAAGCAUUCCUGAAGUCCUACGUGAACAAGCACAAGUACCUAGCGGUCGACUCCGGGGAUUUCCUCUCCUAUCUCUUUGAGUACUUUUCCAAGGGAUCGAAGGACUCUCUGUUUGCUGAAGUCGACUGGAAGGCGUGGUUCGAUUCUCCCGGUAUGCCGCCCUACACGCCGAUGUUCGACACAUCUUUGAUCGACUCCUGCAGUCGGCUGCGUCAGCAAUGGGUCGACUGGAACGAAACCAGCCCGGCGCCUUUCUCAUCUGCUGACAUCAACGCUCUCUCCACCAUCCAGAUCAUCGAGUUCCUGUCGCAGCUUCUCGAGCAGCCACCACUAACGCUGACCAAGCUGAAGCUGAUGGAGCAGCUCUACGACAUGAACGCGCGCGCUAACGCCGAGAUCCGGUACCGCUGGCUGCGACUGUGCGUCAGGGGUCGGUGGAAGGAGCAGGUGCCGGCUGUUCUGGAGAUGGUGAACACCCACGGCAGGCUCAAGUACGUCCGACCUCUCUACCGCGAACUGUACGACUGGAAGGAGAUGCGCAACCGAACCAUCGAUAACUACCAGAACAACAAGAAGUACAUGAUGUUUGUAUCGGUGCAUACUGUUGCGAAAGACCUGAAUCUGAUUGAAUAA